AUGCGGGCGCGCACGUUAUCAGUCACCGGGCUAACCCUCAAGCGGACUCCGUCAAUUUCCGUCUGCCCCCAAUGUCUCCGCGAUGACCUAUACACGACACAGAGUCUCCUUCAGACCCGAAAUUUUCGCACAGGCCGCCGAAUAGAUGCCUCCCCAUUCGGGGCAGCGGCCACUGCUGCUCAGGCAAUCUUUAAGGGCUUGCCUAGAGCACCUCCCGGCGUCUCGGUCGAUCCAUUGCGAAUGGUGGGCAAGGAAUUGAAGUUCUUGAGUAACAAUAUUCGCCAAUUGCUUGGAUCCGGGCACCCGGCUCUGGACAAGGUUGCCAAAUACUACACGCGCAGCGAGGGAAAACAUAUGCGGCCCUUGUUGGUCCUGCUCAUGUCUCAGGCAACGGCGGUCGAUCCGCGGAAAGAUCUGUCAAGAACCCCCAACACCGCUCCCGUCGACAUUUCGCUCAGUCCGCUCAGUAUCCUGGAGGAUGCAAACCCCGAUACCGACCACCUUGUCCCCGAGCCUCCCAAGACUCAAAGUUUUGUCGGUGAUGAGAACAUUCUUCCGAAUCAGCGCCGGCUUGCCGAGAUCACAGAGCUGAUCCACACUGCCUCGCUCCUCCACGACGAUGUCAUUGACAAUGCAGAGACCCGUCGCGGAAGUGCUUCGGCGAAUAUUGAAUUCGGAAACAAAAUGGCUGUGCUAGCUGGUGAUUUCCUCUUGGGCCGCGCCUCGGUCGCGUUGGCUCGACUGUUGGACCCGCAAGUGAUUGAGCUCAUGGCCACCGUGAUCAACAAUCUUGUGCAGGGCGAGUUCAUGCAACUCAAAAAUACGGCCAAAGAUGAGGCAAAGCCGGUUUAUACCGAUAACACCGUGGAGUACUAUCUCCAGAAAACCUACCUUAAGACUGCUAGCCUUAUCAGCAAGUCUUGCCGCUCCGCCGCGGUCCUGGGCUGCAGCGCCCCAGAGGUUGUCGAGGCCGCUUACGCCUAUGGGCGAAAUCUUGGACUCGCAUUCCAACUGGUGGACGAUAUGCUGGACUAUACCUUGACCGAAGCCGAGCUCGGUAAGCCGGCGGGAGCUGAUUUGGAGCUGGGGCUGGCUACCGCUCCACUGCUCUUUGCUUGGAAGAGCAACCCUGAGCUUGGCCCCAUGGUUGGUCGCAAGUUCGGUAAAGAGGGUGACGUACAACGGGCCCGUGAGUUGGUGUACCAGAGCAACGGCGUCGAGCAAACUCGGGCUCUGGCUCAGGACUAUGCCGACAAGGCUGUGGCCGCGAUCAGUGAUUUCCCUGACAGCGAUGCCAAGGCUGGAUUGAUUGAGAUGGCCGAGAAGACCAUGAAGCGACGGAAGUAA